AUGCUUGUCCCGUGUAAUUCAAAACGGAAAUCUCUGCCGUUUGUUCAAAAUGAGCCACGCCGGUACCACCUUAUGGAUUUACGAGAUACUAAUCUAUUCAAGCCAAUAGUCAUUGGAAACAAUGUACAAUUGAAUCACAGAAUCGUACACUUACCAACAUCAAGAUCUAGGUCUACUGAUGACGGAGAAAACUUUCCUACCGACUUGAUGGUACAAUAUUAUGAUUCAAGGAGUAAAGCAGAAGGGUCGUUAAUUAUCUUUGAAUCGUCCUUAGUUUCACCUAGAAGCGGGUUAAUGCCAUACAAAUCUGGAGUGUGGAGUACCGAUCAAUGCAAAGCAUUAAAACAAAUAACUGAUGCCAUUCAUGCUAAUGGCUCCUUUGUAUCGUGCCAGGUUUUUGCGCCCGGAAGAACUUCCAAUAUAAGCUUGUUGAAAAGGAAAAACCUACCUUUUCUCGCCCCUUCGUCUAUAUAUCACUCAGAAGAUCUGGAGAAAGCGGCCAGGGACUUGAAACAUUCGUUGCAAGAGUUGACAAUAGACCAGAUAUAUGCCAUCCAGCAAGAUUUCGUAACAGCUGCAGCAAACUGCUUGACAGUGGCCGGAUUUGAUUUUGUUGAGCUCCAUGGUACUUCGGGAUUUUUAGUGGAGCAGUUUCUUUCCCCUGUUUCCAACACCAGAAGCGACGAGUACGGUGGAACAGUUGAGAAUAGAUGCAGGUUUUUGAAAGAGAUCAUUGAUAUGUUAAUUGCUCACCCCAGUAUUGGAAGUAACAAAAUUGGAAUUAGACUUAGUGCUUGGUCAACACAUUUUGGGAUGAAGUAUCCAGCUGAUGAGUACUCCAUGGAUGAAACGUUUCCACCGUUGGUGUAUUGCGAGCACCUACUUUCCUUUUUAGAAGAUCAUAAGCAGACUGGAAAUGAACUUGCUUAUGUUUCAAUUAUAGAACCGCGUGUCUCUGGAUCACUUGACCAAAAUCCAUUGGGUCGUACAAAUUCGUCUCUACUACUGAAAUGGUCUGGUAUAGUCGUUAGAGCUGGGGGGUAUGCGACAAACUACAAGGGUGAUCCAAGUUGUAUUGCAUCAAAUAAUUCAAAUUUGAAGGUUCGCCAUGGCCAAAUCCACCAUUAUUCAUCUUUGAUUAACGAUGUCAGUUUAGAUGAUCGCACGUUGAUUGGAUUUUCAAGACCAUUUACAUCCAAUCCCGACCUUGUUGAGAGACUCAGAAAUGACAAGAAGUUGGAUUUGUAUCACAGGGAGUAUUUUUACACUCAUCAAUUAGAGGGGUACUUGACCUUUGGAGAAUAUGUUGAUGACGAACUAUACUCAAACACUUUGAAACUUCCGUACAAAGAAUUGCAAAGGCGUGCUGAAUCAUUGGCUUCGAAUGGAAACUUGCAUGGGGCGCAAUGUAAAGCCGUGUGA